AUGUCGUCGUCGAUGAGCGAGGCCGAGGCCAGAUGGCGAGAGCAAUUUGAGGCUAUGAAGUCCGCUCUAGCAGACGUCAAGCUCCCCGGUCAAGGCCGCUCAACCGAUGCAGGAGCUGACCAAGACUUCGAAUUGGAUGAUGAUGAGUUCACUUCCGGGAACAGUGGGGACGACGUUUGGGACUUCAUCUCGGACGAUGAAGGCGACCUAUACAGCAGUGACUUCAUCGAGGACACGAACGGCAACGGCCAGAUCGAUGGUCAAGAUUACGGCCCAGCAUGGUUCACGAAGCAAUGUACCGCCAUCUCCAUCAAAAAGGAUGGACUAUCAUCAGAUGCUUUCAUGUCGCAGAUCCUAGAGAUCCUAGGAGCUGGCCGACCGGAACACGAAGUGCAGUCCCAGCUUACAGAUCUCGUUGGAUUUGACGACCUCGACUUUGUCAUCGAAAUACUAUCACGUAAAGACGAAAUCAUCUCAAGCUUUGCCAGCCAAGACGUCCAGGAGCCAGCAGCUCGCCUCCUAAGCAGAACAGAACGAGAGGCAGCUCUACGCCAGAAAGACUACGAGCACAAGAAUGCUUCCCUGGCUCCGAGAAUGCACAGGGAGGUUGAGUACCCACACGUCUAUAAAGCACACAAUGCCGGCAACACCUUGAGUCACUCUGGGAAGAAAUACGCCUUGCCAGCUGGUAGCGAGAGGAAGCAAUUCGAGAAAUAUGAGGAGUACGCCAUUCCUGCUGGAAAGACUGGGACUCUUUGGCCUGGCCAUAAACUAGUCGAUCUUGCCGACAUGGAUGGUCUAUGUCGCCGAACCUUCAAGGGCUACAAGUCCCUAAACAGAAUGCAGAGUCUCGUCUACCCGGUAGCAUACAAAACGAGCGAGAACAUGCUAGUCUGUGCCCCUACCGGUGCGGGUAAGACAGAUGCAGCCAUGUUGACCAUCUUGCAAACGAUUAGCCAAUAUGUUACGCCCAACCCCAUCGAGAACGUGGAGGCCACGGAUUUUGCAGUCAACGCCGAGGACUUCAAGAUCGUCUACGUUGCCCCUAUGAAAGCACUGGCUGCGGAAAUCACCGAGAAGAUCGGAAAGCGCAUAGGUUGGCUUGGUCUCCAGUGCCGCGAGUACACGGGCGACAUGCACCUUACCAAAACCGAGAUUGUGCAAACACAAGUGAUCGUUACCACGCCCGAGAAGUGGGAUGUCAUUACCAGAAAAGGCACUGGAGACACUGAGCUGGUGCAGAAGGUCAGAUUGCUUAUUAUUGAUGAAGUUCACAUGCUUCAUGAUGAGCGUGGUGCCGUUUUAGAGUCUCUAGUUGCUCGAACAGAACGACAGGUUGAGAGCACGCAAUCGCUCAUCCGUAUCGUCGGACUAAGCGCAACCUUGCCGAACUACAUCGACGUCGCCGACUUCCUCAAAGUCAACAGGCACGCUGGACUGUUCUACUUCGAUGCUUCGUUCCGCCCGGUACCCUUGGAACAGCAUUUCAUCGGAGUCAAGGGCAAGGCGGGUUCGAAGCAGUCCAGAGAGAAUCUCGAUACUGUUGCCUUUGAGAAGGUUAGGGAGAUGUUGGAGCAAGAUCAUCAGGUCAUGGUGUUUGUUCACUCCAGAAGAGACACGCUUCAAUCGGCCAAGAUGCUUUAUGAAAAAGCUGUCGACCAAGUUUGCGUGGACCUUUUCGACCCACAAGGCCAUCCGUACUAUGAACAAGCCGUCAGAGACAUGAAGUCAUCAAGAGCACGCGAGCUCAGAGACCUACUGCCCAAGGGUCUAGGCAUACACCACGCCGGUAUGAGCAGGUCUGAUAGGAACCUCAUGGAAAGGCUAUUCGCCGGGGGGGUUAUCAAGGUUCUUUGCUGUACAGCGACUCUCGCAUGGGGUGUCAAUUUACCAGCCGCUGCCGUUGUCAUCAAAGGCACCCAAGUCUACAGUGCCCAGGACGGAAAGUUCGUGGACCUUGGGAUCCUUGAUGUCCUUCAAAUCUUUGGUCGUGCGGGACGUCCUCAAUUUGAAGACGUGGGUAUCGGCAUGAUUUGUACAACUGCUGACAAGCUAUCACACUAUCUGACAGCAGUCACCGAACAACAACCGAUUGAGUCCAAGUUCUCUUCCAAAAUGGUCGACAACCUGAACGCAGAGAUAUCCUUGGGUACUGUGACUUCUAUUCCAGAAGCGGUCCAGUGGAUUGGGUACUCCUAUCUGUUCGUUCGGAUGCGGAGAAGCCCCAUGACUUAUGGCAUCGAAUGGGCCGAGAUUCGAGAUGACCCAAAUCUGGUUCAAAGGAGAAGGCAACUUGCUAUACAGGCAGCACGCACUCUACAACAAAGCCAGAUGAUCAUUUUCAACGAAACUACAGAGGAGCUCAGAAGCAAGGAUGUUGGCCGCAUUGCAAGUCAAUACUACAUCCAGCAGACAAGUAUCCAGAUCUUCAAUCAGAUGAUGCGGCCCCAAUCGACGGAAGCCGACGUGCUCAAGAUGAUGAGCAUGAGUGGAGAAUUUGACAAUAUCCAAUCAAGGGACAGUGAGGCCGAUGAGUUGACGAGAUUGAGAAGAGAGGUCGUACCUUGCGAUGUUGGUGAAGGCAUCGACACGCCUCAAGCCAAGACCAACAUCCUUCUGCAAUCAUACAUCUCUCGCGCAUCACUGGAGGAUUUCGCAUUGUCGAACGAUCUCAACUACGUAGCUCAGCAGUCUGGGCGGAUCUGUCGAGCAUUAUUCAUGAUUGCCUUGAACCGCCGAUGGGGACACCAAUGCUUGGUACUCCUGACUCUGGCCAAAUCGAUCGAGAAGCGCAUCUGGCCUUUCCAGCAUCCAUUACACCAAUUCGAUCUGCCGAAGUCGGUGCUCAACCAGGUCGACGCGAAGGAUAAUCUGACCAUCGAAACUAUGCGUGACAUGGAAGCCGCAGAGGUCGGCAGUCUAGUACACAACCUCAAUGCUGGCAAGAAAAUUGCGCGGAUCAUUGACAACUUUCCAACCGUAUCUGUGGAUGCCGAGAUCGCUCCCCUGAACCGGGACGUGUUAAGAAUCAAGCUCUACAUCACCCCUGAUUUUAGGUGGAACGACCAGAUGCACGGCACGUCGGAAUCCUUCUAUGUCUGGGUCGAGAAUUCGGAGACAUCGGAGAUCUACCAUCAUGAGUUCUUCAUACUUAACAGGAGAAAGCUCUACGAUGACCACGAGCUCAACUUCACGAUACCCUUGUCAGACCCUCUCCCAAAUCAGAUCUAUGUGAGGGCAGUAUCGGACAAGUGGCUCGGCGCAGAGACAGUCACUCCGGUCUCGUUCCAGCAUCUCAUUCGCCCCGAUACCGAGAGCGUUUACACAGACCUGCUGAACUUGCAGCCGCUACCGAUUACGGCUUUGAAGAACCCGGGGCUGGAGGAAAUCUAUGCCCAACGGUUUCAGUUCUUCAAUCCCAUGCAAACCCAGAUCUUCCACACGCUCUACCAUACGCCAGCAAACGUUCUUCUCGGGUCACCCACUGGUAGCGGCAAGACUGUCGCCGCAGAGCUAGCAAUGUGGUGGGCUUUCCGGGAGCGGCCAGGCUCCAAGGUCGUGUACAUUGCCCCCAUGAAGGCACUAGUCCGUGAACGAGUCAAAGAUUGGCGUGCUAGGCUAUCUGGUCCACUGGGCCUGAAGUUAGUGGAGUUGACUGGUGACAACACCCCUGAUACGAGAACUAUCAAGGAUGCCGACAUUAUCAUCACCACCCCCGAGAAGUGGGACGGUAUUUCUCGUAGCUGGCAAACGAGGGGUUACGUGCGUCAAGUUGCGCUUGUGGUCAUAGACGAGAUUCAUCUGCUUGCCGGAGACAGAGGUCCCAUUCUCGAGAUCAUUGUGUCCAGAAUGAACUACAUUGCCGAGUCAACCAAGAGUUCAGUCAGACUUCUGGGCAUGUCUACUGCGUGUGCAAACGCAACAGACCUUGGUAACUGGCUAGGCGUCAAAGAAGGGCUUUUCAACUUCCGACAUUCGGUACGACCCGUGCCUCUAGAGCUCUAUAUCGAUGGCUUCCCGCCCGUCCGAGGUUUCUGCCCUUUGAUGCAGUCUAUGAAUCGGCCGAGUUUCUUGGCCAUCAAGACUCAUAGUCCCGACAAGCCUGUCAUCGUCUUCGUCCCUUCCCGACGGCAGACUCGUUUGACGGCCAAGGACCUCAUCAACAUGUGUGGUAUGGAGGACGAUCCAAGGCGGUUCGUCCACAUGUCGGAGGAGGAUCUUCAACUUAAUCUUUCCAGAGUCAAGGACGACGCGUUGAAAGAAGCGAUCAACUUUGGAAUUGGCCUCCAUCAUGCCGGUCUGGUCGAAUCAGAUCGACAACUAGCCGAAGAACUGUUCUUGAACAACAAAAUCCAGAUCCUAGUCGCAACAAGCACGCUGGCUUGGGGUGUCAAUCUGCCAGCCCACCUGGUCAUCGUCAAGGGCACACAGUUCUAUGACGCCAAGAUAGAAGGGUACAAGGAUAUGGAUCUGACGGACGUCUUGCAGAUGCUCGGUCGAGCCGGUCGUCCACAGUUCGACAACUCAGGUGUCGCACGCAUCUUCACGCAGGAUUCGAAGAAGGACUUCUACAAGCACUUCUUGCACACGGGUUUCCCGGUCGAGUCAUCUCUUCACACAGUUCUGGACAACCAUUUGUGUGCCGAAGUUUCCGCCGAAACCAUCAUCACCAAGCAAGAUGCGCUCGACUACUUGACCUGGACCUUCUUCUUUCGACGACUACACAAGAACCCUUCGUACUAUGGUCUCGAAAUAUCGGCCGAGGAGCACAACUCUAUCGCAGCUCAGCAAGUUGCCAAUGACUUCAUGAUUGAUAUGGUCAAUAAGUCGUUGGACGAGUUGGCAACUUCGAGGUGUGUCGAGGUAUUCCCGAAUGGGGAUGUUGAUCCCACGCCGCUCGGCAAGAUCAUGAGUUACUAUUAUCUGUCCCACAAGACGAUCCGUCAGCUGGUCAAGCAUGCCAAACCCAAGGCACAGUUUGCCGAUGUACUCUCCUGGAUGUCUCGUGCGACGGAGUAUGACGAGCUCCCCGUCCGUCACAACGAAGAUCUCAUCAAUGCCGAGCUGUCAAAGAACCUACCAUUCCAAGGAAGUGCAUUUGGCCUACCAAUGUGGGAUCCCCAUGUCAAAGCUUUCCUCCUACUUCAAGCGCACAUGGCUCGCAUUGAUCUCCCGAUUACCGAUUACGUCGGUGAUCAGACCAGUGUGUUGGAUCAGGCUAUCCGUAUCAUUCAGGCAUCGAUCGACGUGCUGACCGAACUUGGCUAUCUGUCCAGCUGUCUGGAGAUGAUGAAGCUACUCCAGUGCAUCAAAUCGGCGCGUUGGCCCGAGGAUUCGCCCCUAGCUAUUUUCCCGGGGACCAACGCAGAUCACCUCAAAGACACGACGCCGCUCCAGAAGCUGAGCACGCGACCCCGGCAACAGAUCGAGCAGCUUGCUGGGAAGCUUGGGGUUCCGUCCUCCCAGCUGAGUUGGUUUACUCGCGCUGUUUCUGCUAUCCCCAACGUGAACGUCACGGCUGAAAAUGUCACUGCGCUAUCGCUCACAGUUGCGCUCAAGCGUCUCAAUCCCAUCGUGGAGCGCGAGGGCCGCGUCUACGCUCCGAAGUAUCCCAAGCCACAGACGGAGGGAUGGUUUGUGGUUGUGUGCGACGUGGCCAAGGACGAGAUCAUGGCGGUCAAGAGGGUCGGUUGGAGUCAGGGGCCCGGUCAGUCCGUGGCAGUAGGAGCCAAGCCGACAGCAAAGGCAAUAUUGAAACUACCCGAGCCAGAUAAGGACGGCAGGGCGAGGAAGGUUGACGUGCUGGUCCUUAGUGAUGCGUACAUUGGCAUGGAGUAUCGGUUGAUGGGUGUCGAUAUCCCGGCGCUGCCCAAGGUGGACGACGACGUUGACAAGUCUAAGAAGGGUCAACCGGGUCCGGCCUAA